AUGAAGUCAGCGAGUCCUAAAGGGUCCAGUUCAACUUCAGAUGAAGAAACGAGAAAAAGGCACACAUCACCUAAGCCGGCAAACUCAAAAGACAGUUCAUCGUCGGCAGAGGAUAAUGUUACAUGUGGGAACUAUGCAAAUGAAAAGGAGAAAAGCAAGAAGAGAGAGCUAUCACCAGCCAGGACGUCAAGCCACAGUGAAACCAAAUCGGCUUGUCAAGGAAGCAAUGCUGAGAAAGAGUCGAUGCUGGAAGAGCAAGUCAAGCUGAGAUCGUCUUCAAGUAUCUCAAGCUCCACGUCGGAAGAUGAAGGAAAACCGUUGGAUAGGUCUCGUGAAAACGCAGCAAUGACUGAAAAGCAGGAUGACAUGCCACACACUGACGAUAUUUCUGACGAUCGCAACCAAAUCAAGUUAGAGGUUUGCGUCAAUGAACAACCGUCUUCCAGCGUGGCUGACGAUAUCGAGAGUCAAGUCAAAUUACCUUCCUUAGAGCUAGCGACCACAAGUGAUGUCAGCGAAAACAAAGCAGCUGAAAACGACACCGAAGUCAAAGACAAGUAUGUCCCUUCGAGCGCUGAAACUUUGGAAGUAAAAGUCAACAUUCUUGCAGAGACAGGUGACAGUGCUCAAGAAACUGCUCCUGAAACAGAGGCCAUCAAAAACAUCGAAGUGUCUGUUGACAUAUCCCUUGGCCAACAGCUUGUCCGGUCACGAUCAGAUGUCGAAGACGAUGCUGAAACGCAAGAAAGACCAAUGACGGUUACUGUCCUUCCCAGUUGCGCUCACAUACGACCAGAUGAACCAAAAUCGAAAGGUAGAUCAGACUCUGAGUCAUCAUCUAUCAGUGAGGAAAUUGGUGUUCAAGAAGAGACCCAGAAGACCGGCACAUGUACCGAAACACCUGUGAUACGAGACACCACUCCGGGCGAUUCCCUCGGUGAAAACAAGACAGGAGAUGAAGUCGAAGUACCGAUCGAUGUAGAUCAAGAAUUGGAUUUCGAUGUAGUUGGUCUGGUGAGCAAUGUCGUGAACGAGUCACGUAGCCCAGUGCACCUCACCACACAAGGAGAGAUACAAGACUCCCCAGUCAUAGUUGAGAAGAUUGUGACUGAUGUAACGCAAGAAAAUGCGCCGUUGGGAAAAGACGAUGCACUGGAGCGGCGCUCGUCUACUUCCAGUGAGUCUAGUUCUUCUGGCAGUGACGGUGAAAAAGGUGGAAAGAUGAACGUGGAUGCACCGAUAUCUGACCUAGUGCCCACAUCGAAAGAAGACGUCAUUGUGAGGUGCGACGAACAGAAGACGGAGAAUCAGCCUGCUGCUCCCAUGCCCAAAUCAGAAGUGCUUGAAGACAGCGCUGAGGAACAGCAAGUCGAUGCGGGGAAGAAUGACAUGCAAGAUUCACCCUUACCCAGUACAAAUGAAACGAGCUCCCCAAAAAGUGAAGAAGAGACCCAGCAAAGUAAAGAGACCUCUGAACCAAACCAGUCCUUUUCAGACAAUGAGUACCAAACGAAAGAAACAAACCUUCCGACCUUCGCCGUAGACGAUCAAACGGGAAAGCAAUGGAGAAAGAAGUCUAGGACAUCUGACACAAGUAGCUCCAGCAGUCCGUCUGACGACUCUGAGGACUCCAUCAAAGCGAAAACGUCAGAAGCAGCACAUGAAAAAAUUGUUCGCGCAUCUAGCUCUUCAUCUUCCAGUGAAACAUCUGCUGAGCAGGAUGAAAAACUCAGCCCAGAAAAGACACCUAAUGUCAUCGAAGACCUAUGCGAUGCCAUCAUUCCCGAAAAACCUAGUUCUGCCUCUCACGAAGACAAGAACGUAGUGAAGAAAGAAGGUAGCAAUGAAAAGAAAAAUGAUGUCAAGACAGAAGACCCAACGGUGUCAAACACAUCGAGCUCAAGUCACUCCAGUGAAUCGUCCGUUGACGAUCACCGAAGGGAUAGUGCAGAGCAUAAUGAAAAGCAGGACAUGGUGAAACAGGAAGAUGAACCGUCAACUGUCUCGUUGGAUAUUGAAGUUGAUAUCAUGAAGGAAGUCGACAAACCAGCUGGAGAAUCUGGCAAAAGUCCCGAACCAGAGACCUCUGUCGUGCUAGAGACGCACAUGGCUUCCCAGUUUGCAGUUGCGGAGGAAUUCCCUUCUUCAGAUUCUGAAGACCAAGAAGCGCACGAGGUAAUAAUUGGCAUCGACAAAGUAGAACCGACUCAAGCUGUUGAGAGACAGUCACCUCCUGCGACUGAAGUCGUAAACGCUGAAAUGGAAGCUGAAAACGGCAUUGACGAUGGGACCUUCGGAAAGAAAGAGCGCACCACUGUAGAGGUAGCUUCCUCUUGUGAUGAAGGGGAGCGGAAUAGUGUUCCCGAAAGCCAAGAUGAUUCCCUUGCUAUCCUGGUUACGAAAAUUGUCCCAAAUGAAAAUGAAAGUCAGGAAGAAAUCCUUACAGAGGUGACAAAGUCCGAGCUUGACCAAACUCCCCAGCACAUCCCGACACCUCUUGAUGACAUCAGUCAGCUUCCUGUUUCUGUUCCGAAAGAGGAAAUUUCAUUGUUCCAAAGUCCAGAGUGUCUGUCGGAAACGCCAAAAACUAUUGCAGAAAGUUUUGACAACAAAACAGAGACACAAGAAAGUUUGAAACCAGCAGCACCAUCUUCUCUGCCAGCUUCAACCAAGCCAAGCAGAAAGUAUAGUGACCAAUACUCCAACUUUGAAACACCUCGUGAUUCACGAUACCGACUACAAGACAUGCAAGAACGCAGUAAGUCGUCUGUCGGCCAGCAAAGAACACGGAUACGGCCACAGGUCGAAGUGACGUCAGCUGUCUUGCCUUGUUUGGUUGAAGUAAGAACAGCAUUGCCGCCAUCUGGAAUUCCCUCCGAGGUUCUUGAGAACAUGGAAAAUGUCACUGAUGUCAUGAAGGAAGAGAAGCCUCCUAAGGUAGCUGAACUAAUCGUGCCAGAAACGUUGACAAAUGUCAACCAAGGAAACAAAGAGAUGGAGAGCUUGCCAGUUGGAGACAAUGUCGUCGAGGUUUCAUUGGAACAACACUUAUCAGCAAUGGACGAAAAACAUUCCCCCGCUGCUGUCUCCAGUAGCUCAAGCUCGUCUUCGGAUUCAGAAGAAAACAAAGCCAAAACCGAUAAAUCUCAAGAUUGUGAGAAAGAGAAGAAGACGCCCAAAAAAGAAACCGAACGAAAAAGUAGAGCCUCGUCUAGCAGCACCAGCUCAUCAUCUGAUUCUGAUGAAAACCGAAAAAGGAGAAAGACGUCCAGGAAAAGUUCCAGCUCGUCCUCUGAUAGCAGCGCUAGGAAACAUAAGAUAGAUAAGCGAAAGGACAGUGCUUCAAAACAACCAGUUGCAGUAAAAAAAGAAAAACAGAAACGUUCGAGCUCGUCAAGUUCCAGCGAUUCACACGAAAAGAGGCAGCAUAGAAAAAGUGAUACGUUGGCAACUGCAGAAGUCGGCGACAAAGUUGCUAUUAGUACUUCUAGUGACUCAAGUUCUGACGAAGGCGCUACCAAAUCCCAUCGUAGAAAUUCCGUUGAAAAGGAGGGAAGGAAACCAUCGAGCAGCGAUAAGGAAGAAACUGCGCCUGACCUGAAAGACAAAAGAAAGCCAACGAAAACGAGCAGCUCUAGCGGGACGAGCUCUUCAUCAUCUUCAUCGUCGAGUGAUGAGAAUGCUAAGCCGGAGAAGGAAGCAUCCAAGUCAUCAUCAUCCACCAGCUCUAGCUCUUCGUCCUCAGAAGACGAUGUGAAAAACUCACAUACACAUGAUCGUAGAAAGAAAAAAUCACAUGGGUCUUCAUCAGAUGACACCGAAGUCAAAAAGUCAACCGAAAAGAAGGAAAAGGUGAACAGAAGUGGGAGUAGUGUAUCCUCGAGCUCAGAUAAAGAGGGCUCCCAAGCUAAGACAAGUGGAAGUGAAAAAGGACAUCCAUCGAGACCCCACAAAACAUCAGAAUCAUCUAAGUCUAGUGAUUCAAGUUCAUCCGAUUCAAGAUCAUCGGACUCAGAAAAUGAGGCGAAGAAGAGGAAGGAUGUGUCGUCUGUUCCUGACGUAAAAGAAGCUACGGAUGAGCCUCAUCCAAAGCUGCCAUUGGCGCCACCACCAACGUCCAGAUUACCCCUACAAACGUCGCGCGAUGAAGAAAUUCUGGAAAUCGUCGAAAAAGUACUUGAGGACAGUGAGAUAGGUAGUCUUGAUCGAAAUGCCCCAUCAAGCGCCAUUCAUGAGAGCAUAGACGGCAAAAACGACGCUGAUCAAAUGAAAGACGAUGCCUUGCCUACUUCUGAUCAAAACGGUUUAGAAGAUUGGGUUAUCGUACCGGAAACGGUAGACGAAACACAGGCUGCACCGCACAUCGUUAACGAGAAGACACGUGACCCCGAAUUAACCCAACACGAGUCAUCAAACCUCCAUGGCCCAACGCCAGAAACGAUCAGUAAGGAGGAGCCAGUAGAGGGCGAGCGUGGCCAGCCUGUGUCGGAGUGGGUGAACAUGUGGGACUCCGCCAUCAGUGCGGGCUUGUAUCCGACUCCAACAGCUGAUGUGUCAAAAAGACUCCAAGAGUUGCAUUCAGAGCCGCAACAACCCGAAGCUGCGAGCAACGCCAAGCAGAGUGACCCGGAGACUGCCACGAAGCCAGAAGACGCUCCCUCAGGAUCGUCCUCUGUUGAGGCACCUCAAGUGAUCGCCAAAGAGGAGGCUGGGAUCGUUCGUGCAGAGCCCGCUCGACUGAUCGAAGAUGAGCCAUGUGUCGACACAAACGUGUCCGAGCAGCCACCUGUGAGUGGCGUUGAAGGUGCCUUUGAGGCCAUUCUAGUCAAUGUCGUGCCAGAACUCCCGAUCGAUGACAAUCAAAGCAAAGUCGAGAAGAACAGCGAAGACCUGGACAAGCCCAGCGAGAAGACCAUACGCGAUAAGACGGAGGACGAAACGUACCAGGCUUCUCUCUGUUACAUUGACCCCGAGUUGCCAAGCCCAGUGGAGAAAGAUGGUGACGCGGACAACACUUGCCCGGAUCUUAUGCGUCCGGAGGACACCCUAAGUGAGUCGCUGCCGGCCUUUGUCCGGGAGCCGGUGCCAGCGGUGUGGAGGAGAGCGUCGGUCGAUCGUCAGGUGGGGAAGUUCAACAUCACAUGCAUCAUUCGACCGAACGAGGCGCACUUGCAUGGCUCCGAGACCCGAGUUACCCCUCCGAGGCAGACGGACAGGAAGUGGCUCAACUUGGAGAACUACACCAUCAUGCCACCGCCCCAAUCUCCGGAAAGUGUCAGGAAGAACACCGCGGAGAGUGACCUGGGGUCGAAGACCACCGUGUACCUGACACCGAGGUCACCACCGAACGCUCGUCAGGAGCUGGUGGCCCUGCGGUGUGUCAGGAACAGUGAGGACGACAGCAGUCUCACCUACCUGCCAGAGCUGAGAGAUCUAACACCGGACAUAGGCGACGGGGAGAAGAGCUUUCAUUGGAACGGCAGGAGCAAAGAGGUCGAUAAAUCCACGGUGCCUCACUUACAUUCCCAGCCUCCACUAGCUGAUGUGAAGAAAAAGCGGCUAGCGUAUGAAAACGGUAGCUCAGCAGCGCAUAAAGAGCUUCGGAAGGUGACGCCGCCACAUAAUGCCAACUUAGAGGAGCGAAAACAAAAGCUUCUUGGAAGCACCACAGACAUCGUGUCCAAAGUGAAACAGCCGGUAGCCGAGCCGGGCAAAGUCGGUCGCCUUCGCGCCAUGUUUGAGCAGAUGGACGCAGCAGCAGCCAGGGCACCGGGACGAGACGAAACGCUCCGGGACUCCCGCCGCUUCAAGAGCAUGAUGAACGUGACUGCGCCUUCGACGACGGGCCGAAGCAGUCGUCUGGAGGAGCCAACUCUGAAAGAACGCAGUCGCAGCACUGCUGCCCUUCACCGAGCGCCAUCGGGUGGGCUCGGAGCUGAGCUGUCGGUCGCCCCAGAGUCUGUGAAGGAGCGUAGUCGUAGCACAGUCAACCUGAACCACCGAGAAGGCGAUGAGAAGCCUUCCUGGGACGCCGUAGACUCCGGAUCGAUCAAACAUCGCAGCCGAAGUACGGUGGGGCUCAAUGGAACCUCGUCUGCGUCACCCAGAGCCGGGCUUUCCGCUGCGCCGGACUCAGUCAAAGAGCGGAGUCGCAGCGCUGCCACUCUACACCAGCCAGAGAAGGCUGACAAGGGUGAAGACGCCGUGGACUCCGCCCCGGCGAAAGAGCGUAGUCCAAGUGUCUCAAGACAGCCUGAAGGGUCACUCUCACCCCAAGGACCCACCGGUCACGACUCUCCGCCUGCGUCGUCUGAAUUCGUCACCCUGGAGGAGCGAGAUCUCUCGUCCCGCGCUCUGGACGAACUUGAAGACGGCGAUCAUCAGGCGAAGCUGGACGCCAUCCGGCGCUACUUCGAGGGCCUGCAGGACGGCGACAUCACCGCCGGCGACGACAUGGACAUGCUGGACGACGCCCUGGUGCCCGACCGCGGCUACAACCGCUCGCUGCCGCGCCUGGACGCCAGCGCCUCCGACCGGCGGCCGCCUCUGACAGACCUCUUCACCGAGCCGGAGCGCGGCACGCGGUCGCUGAACCGCUCGGCCAGCUCGCCUCUGGUGAGCGCCGAGGGUGCCGGCGGCGCGGCCACCCUGCUGGACCAGGUGCGGCAGCUGCGGCGUCGGCGGGCGUCCGGAGGGGCGCUCUCGCAGACCAGCCUGGCCACUAGUAUUGCCAGCACCGCCGAGCUGGCCAGACACAGAGACGACGGCAUCGUGGUGUUCGGGCCCGGCAUGUGCCAGGGCAAGGUCAACGCCGUCAACCGGUUCCAGAUUCUGGUGCCGCACGCCGACCAGGCUCCGAUGGGGGUGCGGCUCUACAGUCAGCGCACCGAUUCCGUCACUCGGGUGGAGCUGCGUGACCUGGGCUGUGACUACCAUCAGGUGGCCUACCGGGUCAACCAGCCCGGCUGGUACCGACUGUAUGUGCGGCUCGGCGGCGGCGCCCGCCACGUGGACCUGAUGACCAAGGUGUCACACUAAGCGGGUGAAGGAGAGGUCACACUGAACGGAGCUGGUGUCACACUAAACGGAACUGGUGUCACACUGAACGGAACUGGUGUCACACUGAACGGAGCUGGUGUCACACUAAACGGAACUGGUGUCACACUGAACGGAACUGGUGUCACACUGAACGGAACUGGUGUCACACUGAACGGAGCUGGUGUCACACUAAACGGAACUGGUGUCACACUGAACGGAACUGAUGCGAUCCGCUGACCGGAAGGGAACCGAGGUGUCUUUACGAGAAGGAUGCAGUCGGUACAGAGAUGUCGCUCUAAACCCGAAACAGGUGAAAUGUCGCGCCGAUACGACCUCUUCCAGCUAGAAAUCGAACAGGAAUUUACUAUGUAGUUUUAACUCUCAACCUAUUUUUAAUUAAAAAAAGCCAAUGCGUUUCUGCUAGACGUUCGACAAUGGGUGCGGAGCCGAACAUAGUAUUCCAUUCUAGCAGAACGCAUGACGUUCACAUUCCAGCCCGACACCAGUGCUUAAAAGAAGCCAGCUAUACUUACAGUGUUUCAGACAUCGGAAAUGAGCUACACGCCCAGUGAUUAUUGCAGCAAGGCUCGCGAGCGUCCAGGGCCUGCGAGUGGGCUGUUUGGUUAGUGCCUCGUCGUUGCUCCGUGAAGCAGGGACGGGGCCGACCGUCGCAUCGCUGUUUAGCCGUGUAUUCCGUUUAGCCACAGUGUUUGUUGCGUGACUAGAUGGUACGAUAAUCGGUGCUCGCAUUACCAGUCGGUGGCCAAUACGCUACAGGACGGAAAUCAUUGCUUCAUGUCGUAUAUUUGCUUCCAUCGCGGCGUAUUGCCAUUUGUCUGCAUAUGUUUAUGGGAUUUCCUGGCGUGUUUUGCUGGGGCAUUACGCUCGAACGAUGAGCAGAACGCGCUGUGUAACCGUUUAUUGCGACCCGGUUAUAUUCGGAGCUUUCCCGAAUGGCAAUGAUGCAGCAUGUCCACCGUACAGAGGGUCAAUGAUCGGGCCUAUUUGGGGAGUGAGAUGGAUUUGCUGCGUGUGAGGGAGUAUAGUAUCGACAAGGCAGCUGUUAUUAUAUAUGAAAAUAUUUUUGUGCCUAGUUGUGCGUCAAUAAGUGAUUGAUUAAGAAGUGUAAUUGCUUUUAUAUCCGAUUAAUGAUUGCGUGUUUUGUUUAGAGAUGCAGAUUCACAAAUGAUUUUAUGCUUAUGACUUUUGUAUACGCAUGGAGUCUUGCGAACGAGCAUCUAAUUAGCUCAUGCCACCGCAGAUUUUUUGAAGAUGUGGCAUCCUUUGCGCUGGCAUUCGUUCAUAAAUGUGUGCAUUGAUAAAGCGUUGUAUGUGAUUUUACCUACCAAUGGACGGUAGAAUGUUUUGUGGGCUCCAAUCAAAGCAAUAUACAGUCCAAUUUA